AUGCAGUUAAUAUCUCCUAUAUUUUCAUUUCUGGCCUUCGCGGCCAUCUCUCACGCCCAACACCAAUGCCGAUCCACCCCCCAUGAUACGGCCUGGCCCUCCACCGAAGACUGGAAGGCCCUCAACCAGUCCAUCCAGGGCGUACUGAUCAAAGCCUCUCCAGCCGCCUCCUCCUGUUACCCUGGAAACCCUUUCAACUCCAUCGAAAAGUGCAACGAGGUAGAGCAGAGCUGGACUUACGCCUCCUACCACGCCAAAUUGCCCGAAAGCGUCGACUAUCCCAUCUGGGCCAACAAUUCCUGCCUUCCGCCUGGUUCCACAGGAUAUGUUAAGGGCAAUGGCUGUCAUAUUGGUGGAUUGCCUCAGUAUAUCGUCAAUGCCACGACUGAGGAGCAGGUUGCCACGGCUUUGGUCUGGGCGACUAAGCGGAACAUCCGUGUUGUUGUCAAGGGUACGGGGCAUGAUAUGAAUGGACGAUCGAGUGGUGCGUACGCCUUGUCCAUCUGGACGCACAACUUCAACCAUCGCGAGUACCAGGCACAUUGGCCCGUUCCCGGCAGCAAUGAAACCUCGAAGGUUUUAAUCUGCGGCAGUGGAGGUAAUUGGGGAACGGCGUAUACCGCUGCGAAUAAAUUCAAUCGGAUCGUUGUGGGAGGAGAAGACGCCAGUGUUGGGCUGGGGGGAUACAUUCAGGGAGGCGGUCAUGGUCUCUUGUCGAGCCAGUAUGGUCUGGCUGCUGAUCAGAUAUACCAGGCGACUGUCAUCACCACUCAGGGUGAACGUCUCAUUGCCAAUGCUGAGCAGAACGCGGAUCUCUUCUGGGCUGUCCGUGGUGGUGGUCCUGGUCAAUACGGAGUGGUGACGGAAUACAUCAUGAAGACAUACCCUCCCGUCGCCAAUGUGGUCACAGGUGGUCUGACAUUCCAUCCCAAGGACAAGUCCAACGCGAGUGAGAAGGCCACCUGGAAUGCACUGGCAGGUUCCGUGAGUGAGAUUCCAGAAUUGAUGGACUCUGGAAUGGCCGGGACCUUGACAGCAGCGACGGGUCUCACGGCAGUGGGCUUUCUGGGGCUCAAACAGAGCGUGCCUGGCGUUGCAACAACCCUCUCCUUGACCGGAUACAACUUGACGAUGAAGAGGAUGAAUGAGACUGUCUCAAAGGUUGCAGCCAAGAUUGCCGAGAACGAUCCCAACGGAUCCCUAGCCGUCACCCUCCAGCAGCCCAAGGUAUACCCGAGCUACUUCUCCUACAUCAGCCCCAAUGCCUCCAGCAGUGCCACCUCUGGCUCCGUGAGUCUCAUGUCCAGCCGUCUUCUCGGCCGAGCACAACUCUCUGAUCUCCCCCAGGACGAAUUGGUGUCUUACCUCCAACGCAUCAUGGUCUCCGCAUCUUCCACCUCAGGCUCGUUGCUUCUAUUCGGUUUCCAAGGCGGACCAGGCCCCGCAAAGGUCCCCGAAGAUAUGCGAGGGGCAUUGAAUCCCGUCUGGCGCACGACAUACGCGCAUGUGCUCACCACCGGCGCAUCGAUCAAUGCGACAGCCAACCCGAGUGAAUCGUUGGCGACAGCCGCGGAAUGGAUGGAGGAGAACAAAGAAGCCGUAUGGAGGGAGUGGGCGCCGAAUACGGGCGCAUACUUGAACGAAGCCAAUCCUUUCGACAGGGAAUGGAAAAAGGACUUUUAUGGGGAGACUUAUGAUCGAUUGCUGGAUAUCAAACUCAAGUAUGAUCCCAGUGAGAGUCUGUUUGUGCUCAAUGGGGUGGGCAGCGACCGAUGGGACUAUGACCUGAACAGUGGUCGUCUCUGUCGGUUGACUUGA